CCUGGCUCCUCGCCUCCUUCAGCCAAAACCCUAGCUCGCAUACGCGCCCGAGCAACGCUUUGUCUGCGACGGGCGCCCGCCCUCCUGCCGCCAGAAGCUUCCAGGAGCAUCAGCGAUGGUGUGGUUCCAAUGCGAGGACUGUGGCGAGAACCUCAAGAAGCCCAAGCUCGCCAGCCACUUCCGCUGCUGCUCCGCGUACAAGCUGUCAUGCAUCGAUUGCGGCGAGUUCUUCAGCCAGGAGACCGUGCAGGGGCACACCCAGUGCAUCUCCGAGGCCGAGAAGUAUGGUCCUAAGGGACAGAACAAGCCAUCCAAUGGUGUACAGGGUAAGGCAGAUAAGCCAAAGCCAAAUGCAGAUGUUGAUAUCAAUGUUGGGCUGUCGACACGGCCUCCUUGGUUCUGUAGCCUAUGCAAGACCACUACCACAAGCAAGCAAACUCUCUUACUGCAUGCUGAUGGGAAGAAGCAUAGGGCAAAGGCGAAAGCCUUCCAUGCUUCUCAGAAACAAACAAAUGGUGCAGAACAAACUCCAGAUGUGAAGGAAGCCGGAGCUGUACCCACAAAAGAAUCUGUUCAAGUAAAUGGUGGUAUGAGUGGUGAUCGUGAAAGAAAUGAUGAUAAAGAUGCUGCGAAAAGAAAACGAAUGGAUGACAUGACCAUAGAGGAGCCAGAUAACACAAAAAAACAGCAUUUAACGCAGUCUAGAGAUGAGAAGUCAGAAAACAAAGUGAAGAGUAAGGCAGAUGAACUAACAAGUGGUGCCGACUGCAAAAGUGUUCAGAAACAAAAGAUCAAAUGGAAGAAGAUUAUUACUAAAGCACUGAAGACGAACGCAGAUGGAGUUAUGAAACUAAAGAAGCUACAAAAGCUAGUCUCCAAGGAGCUUCAGGAAUGUGGUGUCUCUAAAGACGAGGGUCUCCAUGCUACCUUGAUGGAUAAAAUAGCUUCAAGCUCCAGAUUUUCUGUUGAUGGCAAGCAUGUUAGACUGGUGGCUAAGAAUGAAGAAGAAUCUUAGAAAGAGGUUGUCAGUCAUUUCUUGGCAUUGUUCCUGGCCUAAUUCUUUGGUGUCAACUUUCAGAUGGCUUAUAGCCAAGUUUUGGUUAAAUUGAGUGCAUGAACCAUCAAUUAUAUCCAUGACCUGACGGUAUGGGAAUUUUGAAUCUGAAUUUUCUUGGCAACCGUUCAAAAGUGAACUUUUAACACUUUA